UUUAUCCUGACUGACAAAAACUAAUAUUGCUCUAACCAAACCACAAUCCUCAUUUUGAUUUGGAUGCAAAGCAUAUUAAUAUAAAAAGCGUUUUCUUCUAGAGUUAUGUGUAUUAUUCGUUUAUAAGUCAUUCGAUUUUUAAACUUUUGCGCAUUAAAUGUGUCAAUAAGCUAUUAACUAUUUAUUUUCUCUUACUUUAUUUCUGUACUAACAUUUUUAGCUAUCGGUUUUUAAGUACUGCUCACUUCGGUAAGAUAGUUGCACCAGUUACGGGUAAACACUGAAACAUGGCAAAUCUGCAAAUUGGUCUUCGAGUUGAAGUUACGGGUAAAGGAGUUCAAGGUGAAGUUGCCUAUUUAGGCACAACUGGCUUUGCAACUGGCAAAUGGGUUGGUGUUAUUCUUGAUGAACCUAAAGGAAAGAAUAAUGGAACGGUUCAAGGGAAAACUUAUUUUCAGUGCCGGGAGAACUAUGGGAUGUUUGUCCGCCAGUCACAAUUAACUAUUAUUGAUGAGUUCGGAAACAGGAUGGAAGUUUUACAGUCGGGGGCCAGCCCCGCCUACUCCACUGCCACUUCCCCUGAUGAUCCGCCACGGUCUGGCCUGCGCUCUCGGCUCUCUAGCACCAGCCGUCGCAGGACAGAGCCCACCACCGUACGAAGGAAAAGUUCACCUGCUUCUCAAACCCCGUCAAGGACCAGUUCUCGUCAAUCACUAUCCUCACGGAGUCGCGGGGACUAUCAGAGCCGAGAGGAUGUCACAAUGUCUGCCGCACCGACGCAACAUGUUUCCGAGCCUGCGUCAAAGCGAGCUUCAUUUAUCGAGAAGUUUUCAACGCCCCAACCGUCACGACUACCAACUUUCAAAUUCACCCCUAGAAGGUCUUUAGCCGUGCCUUCAAAGUCUUUAAAUUACGUCGGCACAACUCAAACGGGGUUUGUGGAGACAUUGAAGCCACAGUUUACACCAGGGCAGGUACUGGCUUCACCCUCAACAUCCCAGAGCCAGCCCCCCUCCGCCCGUCCACCUCCUCCGCCCCCUGUUGAUCCUGAGGAGCUGGCCAACUUCAAGUCUCAGGUGCAGGAUCUCGGAGAGAAACUGGAGACAAUAAAAAUAAAAUACAAGGAGAAGUCGCAUGAGGUGGAGCAGCUAAAGAUCCAGCUGGACCAAGCCCAAGAGUUCAAAGCGAAGAUGCUAGAUGCUCAGGCAGCACUCAAGAAAGAGCUGGAACGCGCACGGCGUGAGGCCGAGAGGGCAAAUGAGGCCAAGGAGGAGAUGUCGGACAUAGCGGAGACUCUGGAGCUCAUCACACUCGAUAAGGAAAUGGCUGAGGAAAAGGUGGAAUCUUUACAACUAGAACUGGAACAAGCCAGAGAGAAGCUAGAAGAAGUUAUGCUUGACUAUCAACUUCUCAAAGAGGAAAUGUCAGAAAAACGUGGAGAGACUGAUCAGAAUGUGCCAACUUCCUAUGAAAUGAGGCAGCUUGAACAACAGAAUGCACGAUUAAGGGAUACUCUUGUCAGGAUGCGUGAUUUGGCUGCGCAUGAAAAACAUGAGAUGCUGAAGCUGACCAGAGAUUUGGAAGCCAAGAAGGCUGAAAAUGCUGAUCUUACGAAGACAAAUGAGAAACUCAUUGCUAGAACUACUGAGCUAGAAAAUCAAGUCACUGAUCUCCAUGAGCAGGUGGAUGCAGCCUUAGGAGCAGAAGAGAUGGUGGAGCAGCUGGGCCAACAGAAGUUGACACUGGAGGACAGGCAGAAGGAGCUGGAAGAGACAAUUGCUGAUCUGGAAGCCCUACAGGAGAUCAAUGACCAAUUACAAGAAGACAGCCGAGAACUGGAGAUGGAUCUAAGGGAGGAAGUUGAUCUGGCGCACGCUGCUACGAGAGAGGCCUUGAGACAAAAGGAAGCAAUACUGGAGAGUCUAGCAGACCGAGAACUGACAAUCGUGAAGUUCCGAGAGCUGGUUCAUAAGCUGCAGGAGCAAAAUCAGGAUCUUCGCAUUCAGUUGGAGAAGGAGUCAAGCAACAAGUCAUCUGUUGCACAAGUUCUACCAGAGAUGUUGGAUUUCAAGAAAAUGUUUGCUGAGAGCAAAGCACACGCAAGGGCAAUAGACUUGGAGCUGCGAAGGAUGGAGGUACAACAGUCACAGCAGCAUGUGCAAUAUCUGGCAGCCUUCAUGCCGGACUCUUUCAUGAACCGAGGAGGUGAUAAUGAUGCAGUAUUAGUGCUGCUGCUGUUCCCCAGGCUGUUGUGGAAGUGUGAGGUGUUGUUAUCUCAGCUCAAGGACAAGUUCCCGGCUGUCACGACUGCUAUUACACCUCAGGUGCUCACCCAGGGCCACGCAGUACAGCAGUAUACCGCCCGCUGUUACUUGGCCAUGCACCUCCACUCAUUACAAGCAAUACUGCGCCAGUUCCAUGAUGGACUCAACUCAUGCAGCCCAGAGACACUGCUCAAAGUCGGAUCCUCUUACCCUGAUAUGGCACAGCAGGAGCGAGCUCUUGAUGGUUAUAUAGAUCUGCACAAACGAGAUCAGUUGGAUGAAAACGUGAACUCGGACAGCCUUGAGAAGUGCGUGAACUACUUUGUGACAAUGCACCCACUGUUGCUUUUGGCUUCUGGGGAAACCAGGGUACAUCAGGGUCAUCUCGUAAGUGAUCUGGGCAAGGCUCUACAAGCGGCUUGUGACAGCAUACACACGGACACUGCCACCAUCCAAGCUCUCAUCAAGUCAGGACCGGAGCCGACAGAUAUGCAAUUGCUGUGUCAACACUUGUCUACAGUGAUGGAGGUGGCCUCCCAGCACCUCAAGCAGAUCAGACGCAGGCUGGCCAUCUUCGACUCUGACACUCUGCCUCUCCCUCCCACUGUUGACCUGGCCCAGUGUUGCCAACAACUGGCCCGCAUCACCAAGCUGACACGGGAGGUUGCCAAGGCUGCUCUGUCUCAGGUUGGGAAUGCAGGAGACAGUGAAGCAGGUGUAGAUGUGAGCAAGCUAUUGGAAGCUCUAGCCUCAGCAUGGGAACGGAUAUUCGACAACGACAACAGCGGGCCGAUAGCUAGUAUCAAGGCAGCGGCUGCGUCUGUAGCUGGUACAGUAGCUCAGGUGGCCCAAGCCCUGCUGGACUCCGAACCUGCUGUACAACUUACCAAGGAUGACAAGGCAGCGCCACCAAUCACAGUGCGAGCACAGCAAGUGAAAAGCGAGUUGGAGGAAACAAAAGCACUACGCGCAAGGCUGGAGUCGCGUGAAGCAGAUAUAAGGGAGCUCAAGAUGUCCCUACGAAGUAAGCAGGAGGAACUCGGGGAGUUGCAGGUGCGGAAGGAUCUGGCAGAGAAACGUCUGGCUAACCAGUCACGAGAGGACAAGAUGGCUAUUGAGAAACUUGAGCGCAAACUUGAAGAGGCACAAAAACAGAUGCAAAGAAAAGAGAAGGAGUUUGAGGAGACCAUGGAUCAUCUUCAGGCUGACAUUGAUUCCCUGGAAAGUGAGCGAGGCGAGCUGAAAGAUAAACUUAAGAACUACUCUAAGAAGGUGUUCAUUGAAGGAGUCAAAUCAUCUGUUGUGAAUGCCACACUCAGCUCUAGCCAGAAUACAUCAGUCAGGGAGUCACCACUUCUCCUCAAUGAGAUCAGAUCUCUCAAACUGGCACUCAAAAAUGAACAAUCAGAGAAAUUCAAACUUCAGAUUGAUCAUAUAAAGAACCUGCUAGAUCAAUUAAAGCCAUUAAAUAUUCCCAAACGUAAAUCCACUGAAGAGCUAAAACAUCUCUCAAUAAAAGCUCAAACUCUUCUUUCAGAUAUUCAGAGAGACAUGUUGCCAACAGUAGUGGACAUCAGCAAGCGAAGGCCUGGAGAACCUUCUCUAGAACCUGCCAAUCACAUUGUCCGCCGCAUGCAGCAAGAGAAACUUCUUCAGGAUCGGGUCAAUAAGCUGCAGGAUGAAGUGAUGUGCGAAAUAGUUAAGCGAAAACGAGGAGGUAAAGUUGAGACAGAUCUUGCAGUUUUUCCUACACCAGAGAUGUCUAAGGCUCUUGCCGAGACUGAACCAAUUGUAAUCGGGGAGUUGACAUUGCCUCGGACAGAGAACGACUCCAAGAAUGUUGUUCCCGUCUACCUGGACUCUAUAGCUUGCGUUAAACAGCUGCAAGAAAAACUGCUAACUUUGACAGUUGGAUCGUAAACCAUUAACGUUCAUGCCCCACCUCCAUGACUGCUCAUUAAAGUUAUUUAUUUCAUCACUUUUUCUCAUUUUGGUUGUACCUUUUGCAAAUUGAGUUUAUAUUAUUUAAAACGUAUAUAGUAUACUGGAAAUAUACAAUAACUAUGGUAAUAUAAUGUCUAAUGGUUGCAUGCCAGAAUAAGUGAUCCAGCACAUUGUGAAACAGUAGCACAAUUAUGUUUUUGUUACAAGAAGUACUAGCAUAAAUAAUUUUUGUUUUAACUUAUAUCUCAGCUUUCAUUGUAAAAAGAGCCUAACUUAUUUAUUUAUACUUAGAGCCUAGUCCUUUUUCUAUUUAUACUUAUGUAAACAAUGUUCUUUUUGUUUUAAUAAAAUUUUUUUAUUUAAUGAAUACUAUUUAUUUAUUACAAAAACAAUUAUUUAGGCUGGAAAGUAUAGCCAUUUCUAUUCUCAAAUAAUCAUAAUGACUUAUUGAAUUUCGUUUCUUUCUUUUUUAUAUUGAUAUGCACUGUGCAAUAAUAUUUUUCAUAGUAGCUAUUUGUUUUUGAUCAAUUAGGAAAAGUAAAAAUAGCCAUGAUGCAUUUUAUUUUAAAGUGAUCACUGAUUUUGUAAUUUAUUUUUGUACGUUUUUGAAGAGACUACUUCUUCUGGUGGGCUAUGGGUGUGUGUUUUGUGCGGGGGGAAAUCUUCGUUUCGCGUUACGUAAUGUUACGUCACGCUUGUUUACGAAGCUGCUAGGGGGGGACUAAUUUUUAUUCCUUAUUUCGGAAAUACAAGAUUGUAGUGGAAAUGAUACAGACCAAAAGAAUGGAAAGACAGAAAUAAUUACUAAAUGUUCAUUGCCAUUAUACUUUAAAAAUGAAAUUAUGGGUUUGUAAUAACUGAAAUAAGAAGUAAAAAAUAAAAAUUGUGGAAUAAAAUCUUGCUAAAUAUCUUGCUAUGUCAUAUUUGUCUUUUAUUGUUUGACAUUGUUUAAUUUAAUUUAUCUUUCAAAAAGUCAAUUAAUGAUUUUAACGUUUCUUCAGUGAAAUUUGUCUUAAAAUCUGUUUUUACUUAAUUUAUUAUAAGUGAAUUUAUGGUAAAGCCCAAUGUAAUUGAGUAAAGGUUAAAAUAAUAAUCAACAGAAAGAUUAUUUUUUUUAGGAUCAAUUAACACUACAGCUUUGUUAGCUAGAAAAGAUAUAAUCAGUUCAUUUUAAAUCCUUUUGUAAAUCUCGUCAGGACUAGUUGUGAACUAGAAUAAGAAUUAAUAUUAGCCACGCUGAAAUUCAAUUGGAAUCAGAUGAGCUUUAAUCACUGCUAUUAAAUGAUGUGUUAAGUUUAUCAAUCUUACUUUGGAUUCAAUAGUAAAUAAAUUAGUAGUUCGUAAAUUUACUCAAACCAGUAUUUUACCAUAUAUUUUAGUCUGUGUUUGAUUUUAUUCACAGUCUGUUAUAAGAAGUAGUCACUUCUGUUGGUCAGUCCUGCUACUGCCUUUCCAUUUAAAAAAUGUUUGUUUUGAUAUCUUUCUAUGGACUAAAGCUUGGAAACCUUUAUGUGAUGAAAUAUGUUAAAUUAACACUAUACAGUAAUUUAAGGCUGUAUUUGAAAAGGCUUUUAUAGAAGAAUUUAUAAUAAGAAAAAGAUAUAAGCAUAGAAACUCAUUUAUGUACAAUAAUUUUUGUAAAAAGCUAAUAAGUGUUAUUUUGAUUUACUGUGUAAUUUAUUGUGAUACUUAUAUGUAAGUUUUAUAGGGCAACCAAUCUCAAAAGGGUAGUGUGCAAAAUAAACAAAAGAUAACAAAGUUUGAAGUGGCUCUUACCUUUUUUCUAAUGUCGUAUGUAUAUUGUGUAUUAAAUGCUGUGCUUUAUUAAUUGUAUAAAAUAUAAUCUAUUUUGUAAAA